GGGCCCGGCGAGCGGGUGGACGGCGGGGACGGGGCGCGGGGGCCGCGCGUUGGUACCUGGCACCAGCAUUCUCCCCUUGGCUCUGCCUGUGAAGAAUGGCUAUGGAAGAUCCUGAGAGGAAGACUGAAGUGGUGCUGCUGGCCUGUGGGUCCUUCAACCCCAUCACCAACAUGCACCUGAGGCUGUUUGAGCUGGCUAAAGACUAUUUCCAUGAAACAGGAAAAUACAAAGUAAUCAAGGGCAUCAUUUCACCAGUGGGUGAUGCAUAUAAGAAGAAAGGUCUGAUCAGUGCAAAUCACCGAGUGACAAUGGCAAAACUGGCUACAAAAAACUCGGAUUGGGUGGAAGUUGAUGAUUGGGAAAGCAGCCAGAGUGAGUGGUUGGAAACACUAAAAGUUUUAAGGUACCAUCAUCAAAAGCUUUUACCUCCUGAUGCCACUAACAGUCUGGAGGAUGCUGUGCCCUUAACAAAGCUGGGACGAAAGAGGAAACAGGAACCAAAUAGGCACGAACCCGUUAAAAAGAAAAAUCGGAGUCCAGAUAUAAAAAGUGUCCCCCAGGUUAAACUGCUCUGUGGAAGCGACAUGCUGGAAUCUUUUGGGAUCCCCAAUCUGUGGAAGUUGGAGGACAUCGCUGAAAUUGUGGAAAAGCACGGCCUGGUGUGCAUCAGCAGGGCUGGGAACAACGCUCAGAAGUUCAUCUACGAGUCUGAUAUUUUGUGGAGACACAAGAACAACAUUCACCUGGUGGAGGAAUGGAUCACAAACGACAUCUCCUCCACCAAGAUCCGGAGGGCCCUGCGGAGGGGGCAGAGCAUCCGCUACCUGGUGCCUGAUGUGGUUCGAGCUUACAUUGAGAAGAACAACCUGUACAGCCCCGAGAGUGAGGACAGGAAUGCUGGGGUGGUCUUGGCUCCCUUACAGAAAAAUGCAAGUGACUCCAAGAACUAACAGGCACUGAACAACUAACUCACUGUCUGCUGGGAAAAAAGCUACGGUUCGGUGCAGGAGAGUGUUUUCUGGGGGUUGGUUCAUUUUUUUUGGUACAUAGUGGGCUAAUUCCAUGGCUUUAGUGCAUCUGUAGUUGCUGUUGAGGUUUGGUGCACUCAAGGAUUGGACCUCCACAAUCUUUUUCAAGUCCCAUAGUAAGAUUUAAACAUUUAAACAUUUAGUCACAGUGCACUGAAGUGAGUAGAAGAAUUCACACCAGCAUAUAAGAAUUGCAAAUUAAUAAGCAAAACAAAUGAAAAUGUUCUGAUUGGUUUUAAUUCGAACUGCUCCGACUGCUAUUUAUAAAAUACUAACACAAAUAUUUUUGAUAACUUACAGCGUCUUAACAAAGCUAUUUAAUUUCUAAGGUACCAUUUACUGGUAGUAAAUCUGUGGAGCUGUAAUUGCCAACAUGUGGUUCAUCUUAAAGAAAUUAUUUAACUCUAUUCUGGCGGGGACAAAUUUCCUCCUGGCUGAAGUGGUGCUGGGUACAGCCUGCUUGGAGCUGCCUGAUUUUCAAAUAUGCAGCUGCUUGUUUGCCAUCAUGCAGUUUGGUCCCAGAAAUGUCUUGUGCUUCACUCUUCUAUUCAUGUUUCCAGGGCUGUAGUUAAGCUCAGUAUUGUUUCUGAUGGAAGGACAAACCGACCUCAGAAACUGAUGUAUAGCCACUGAUUUGGUAGAUAGAAAUUAAUAAUAGUGCCAUUGCACUGAUUCUCAGACGGUUGUCCCUUUAUUACAAAUAAUAAAUGUCUUUCAAAUAAUAAAAUAUCUUUUAUGUUUGAGCCAUGAGGACAAUAUAAUGGUAUAUAGCCAGAAUUGUUUUCUGUUACUGCAGUUGAGAGGAAAUGGUAGGAAAUUAGUACUGUACAUAAGUGAAAUGUUCUUCUUUGCUAGAAAUCUGGGUUUGAGUCUAACAGUGUAUUGCCUGUAUUAUGUGAAUAUAAGCUGGAGAGGCACUGUGAAUGAUGUGGUGAUAGAAUUCUACCUCCAUUUAUUUGCUGCCAUCCCAUUUUUGUUUGGAUUAUGUGCCUUAUUACAAAUGUCAAGGCUUCCAAGCCACUCUCUAAUGGGUCAGCAGCUCUUUCAUAGCUCUCCACAAGAUGACUCUGGUCACCUUUUCCAGAUGAACAAAUCCAGCCCAGUGUGAGCCUCUCAGGGCAGGAGGCCAAGAUGCUCUUGGGCAAGUCUAGAACCAGGGACACGUUCCAGGGUCAUAACUGCCUGAGCUGACUGCAGACAACUGUACUGGUGAUGGGGCCUGGGAAAGGGCCCAUCUCCUUUCCUCUCUUGCUCACUGUCUGUCUUUAGGACUGAUGAGAACAGAGGGCAGGAAGGAGUUACUUUGAGCCCUCAAGUCAAGCAGUGUGCUGCUGAAUAAACAGCAGAUCCUUCUAAUGGGACAGCACCCUGUUGAGGUGGUCAUUUUUCAGAGUAAAACUGCACUUUAAGUCUAGGUUUAUUCUUCUUAACAAUGAUGCUGGUGUGUGUUGGUGCUCUUUGUGUAAUUGUAGAGAAACUGCAAAUUCAGUAGGAUUUCUUUAUAAAGCUUUGGUCUUCAGUUUUAUUUCGCUGGAGUUUAAUGUGUGGUGAGUCUUUCAAUAAAAUAAAUUGCAUGUAAUAUG